AUGCCGAUGUGUUCAACAGGGUUGAUUGCCGCCUCUGUUUGCGGUAUGGGCAACAGUUGCCCAAUGGGAUUCGUAUGUGAAGGCCGAGGCUGUUGUCAGGAACCGCCGCCAUUGUGUCCAAACGGUGGUCGUGCUGCUCAGCGCUGUAGCCGUGGAGCAGAAUGCCCUCCAGGAUUUGGAUGUACACCACUAGGAGGAUGUUGCCUGCUGUCAAUGGAGCCGGUCUGUCCGAGACAGUCAAACCCCAUUUGCCAGUGCUCGCCGAAUAGUGCCUGUCCUACGGGUGCACAGUGUUCAAUGGGCACAUGCUGCUCCAAA